UCGAGGUAGACAUAUGGUCUGCGGGUGUAGUUUUGUACAUCUGUCUCUGCGGAUUUCCUCCAUUUUCCGACGAGCUCAACACCCCGGAACACCCCUAUAACAUGGCACAACAGAUAAAGAUGGGUAGAUUUGAUUAUCCAUCACCUUACUGGGAUCCCAUAGGAGAUCCUGCAUUGGAUCUCAUUGAUCGAAUGCUCACCGUAAAUGUGCCUGACCGCAUCUCAGCCCGAGAUUGCCUCACUCACCCCUGGAUGUGUCAAACCCCCAAUUGAUGCAACAAAAUUAUUUGUCGCUAAUAGCUUUUUGGAACUGUCAAAUAGUGCAGCAAAUCACCCUUGCCAAGCCAGUGC